AUGUCAGCUCGCGGUUCCUCAGGAGAGCCCCCGUUCAAGCGCCAGAAGACCCGUGAUCAAAACGUCCUGUUGAAAGACCUGCCUGCCGAUGACUUUCUCAGGCAGAUCCAGCUGUUCCAGGGUCCGCAGGUUAGCAUUGUCAUCGCGGAGAGAGACUUCAAACUACCCAAAGCGCUUGCUUGCUACUCCUCUCCCUACUUCAACGCAGCCUUCAACAGCAACUUCAAGGAGGGCGAGGAGCAGAAGCUGACACUCACCGAUUGUUCGCCCGAGACCUUCAGCCUGGUCGUCCAGUGGAUGUACCAAUCCCACAUCGUCGUGCCCACCGCCCACCAUCGACCGGUGAAACCUGCCACCGGCAACGCCCCCAGCGGCAGCGGCAGCGGCAGCGUCGCCCACAACGAAGCCGCGAUCAGAAGCCCCACCGCGUCCCGCCAGAGCACGGUCGCCGCCGAGGACACCGACCUGCGCUGGGCGGAGGAGGAGAAGCUCGAGAUGGAGUUCUACCCCAACCUCGCGCGGAACCACGGCGCGCAGGCCGUCUCCCGGCUGCUCGCCUUCCUCCAGCUCGCCGACCGCAUCGACCUCCUCGGCCCCUUCGACUCGGUCAUCGCCACGCUCCGGGAGACCCUGGCGCACUCGGGCGGGGGCAGCCGCUGGGGCUGGACCCGCACCGCGCUGCUGCCGGGCCACGUCCGUCUCGCCGCCGCCCUGCCGGCCAGCCACCCGAUCCGCCGGCUGCUCGCCGACGCCUGCUACCGCGAGUUCGUGCUCGACCUCUUCGGCCACGUCCGGCAGCAGGGCCCGGCCCGGCCCUUCCGCUUCGUCCGGGAGGUCCGCGACCUCGAUUCCUUCGGCGCGGACCUGCUCCGCGCGUACAUGCAGCGGCAGGUGGGCAAGAAGAGGGUCCUGAACGCCAAGACGAAGGAGGCCGAGUGGGUGUUUACGGAUCCGCUCACGGAGAAGGAUUUCCGGGUUGUGGUUUAG